AAGAAAUUGUUAGGUGUAAGCAAUAAGACCUAAACCCAGAUAGCGGUUUCAUGGAGCACAAUUAUUUCAGAUCUACUAGACUUGCGGGAAUUGAUUAGUCGYUUAACAUACGCUGCUAGCUACUGUAAUUUGCAACUAGCAGAGGUAGCUAGCUAGCUAGCUAGCUAAACAGUGAAGAAGAUGGCGACGCUAAACGGUAUUAAGAAAAUGUAUGGGAUCUGUUCUCAUGUAAUCCGCCAAACGACUGGAUUGAGAGCAGCAAAACUCAUUCAGCWGAGGGCGUUCAGAGUCAAUGGAGCYCUCAGGCAGCAGUCGUUUGACUCCUCAGAAGAGAAGCCCCAGUUCCCGGGAGCUUCAGCAGAGUUUAUUGAUCACCUGGAGUUCAUCCAACCUAACGUGAUCUCUGGGAUMCCCGUUUACAGGGUCAUGGACCGGGCCGGGAAGAUCAUUAACCCCUCAGAGGACCCACAGCUCUCCAAGGAACAAGUGUUGAACUUCUACCAGAAGAUGACCCUGCUGAACACCAUGGACCGCAUCCUGUAUGAGUCUCAGAGACAGGUGACAGAGAACUGCCACCUGGGUCCGUCGUGAGGCCUGCCUACCAAACGGCACCCUAUUCCCUACAGGGCAGUACUUGGACCAGGGCCCUAUGGCACCCUAU